AUGGAUUUUGAAUUUAUAAAGUACAAUAAAAUAAGAAAACAUUUAAACACAAACCAAAUUACCAUCAUAUUAUAUAAUAAUAAUAAUAAUAAUAAUAAUAAUAAUAAUAAUAAUAAUAAUAAUAAUAAUAAUAAUAAUAAUAAUAAUAAUAGAGAUAAUAAAAUUAAUUAUUAUGAUUUACCAAAUAUAUUGGUAUUAAAUGACGUAGAAAUUAAAUAUAACCAUCUCUCUUCAGAAGAAGAGAAAUGUAAAGUAUGGGAGCUUUGUAUGGAUAUAGAUCCUUCAAAGCCACUUAAAUUAAAAAUUUUAGCAGAAGUUUUAGAUAACUUCCUUUCAAGUUUGUCAUAUACAGCUAUGGCAUGUUUAACUUUUAUCGUUUGGAUGAUGUUUUGGAUUCCUAGAAAAUUUUUUGGUAACAGUAGAAGCUAUCCAAAUCCAAAUCAUCACCACCAACUUGAAACACAAACUCAGCCAAUCUUUGUCAAUGAUUUGGUAAAUUUGGAAAAAGAUUUCAAGGAACUUAGAUUACUAUAA